ACAGCUUUUAGAGUGCAGUACGUCCGAAUGCGAUUUUAGUAGUGCUUGGUUUGGACAGAAACAUCCCUCUAAAGAGAGAAAUGAGUUCAAGACAGGUUAAACAAGUGUUUGAGAAGUAUCAAAAAGACAGGACGGCUUUCGUUCAGAAAGUCGCCGAUCUCGCAAAUCAGCCGGAGAACAUCGAAACUCUUCAGAAUGUUGGUGCAAUGGCUCUACUGAGACCACUUCUCCUGGAUGUUGCCCCCAACAUUCAACAGACUGCUGCAUUAGCUCUCGGUAGACUGGCAAAUUACAAUGAAGACCUUGCUGAGGCUGUUGUGAAGGGAGACAUUCUACCGCAGUUGGUUUAUUCUUUGGGAGAGCAAAAUCGAUUUUACAAGAAAGCUGCUGCAUUUGUACUACGGGCUGUGGCAAAACAUUCCCCUCAGCUAGCACAAGCUGAUGUAGACUGUGGUGCCCUGGAGGCUCUUGUCAUCUGCUUGGAGGAGUUUGACCCAGGGGUCAAAGAGGCAGCAGCUUGGGCCCUUGGCUAUAUUGCAAGACACAAUGCGGAGCUCUCCCAGGCAGUAGUUGAUGCAGGAGCUGUCCCACUGCUGGUCCUCUGCAUUCAAGAACCAGAAAUGCCUCUCAAGAGAAUUGCUGCAUCAGCACUGAGUGACAUUUGUAAGCAUUCACCUGAGUUGGCCCAAACAGUGGUAGAUGCAGGAGCUAUUGCUCACCUUGCUCAGAUGAUUCUUAAUAAUGAUUCAAAACUGAAGCGUCACAUUUUCUCUGCAUUGAGCCAAAUUGCCAAACAUUCUGUUGACUUGGCUGAGAUGGUUGUUGAAGCUGAGAUAUUUCCAGCUGUUCUAGCCUGCCUUAGAGAUGAAGACGAGUAUGUGAAAAAAAAUGUGGCAACUUUAAUCAGAGAAAUUGCUAAACACACACCAGAGCUUGCUCUUUUGAUAUCAAAUGCGGGAGGAGUAGCAGCUGUGGUUGAUUUCAUAAAAGAAUCAAGAGGAAAUGUGCGAUUACCUGGCAUUAUGAUGCUUGGAUAUGUUGCUGCUCACUCAGAAACACUUGCCAUGUCUGUCAUUCGUGCAAAGGGAGCAAUUGUGUUAGCUGGCAUUAUAUCACGAAGUGAGCUUGACCACACCCUGCAGCAGCGUUCCACCCAGCUAAGAGGGAAUGAAGAAGAUCACAUACAGGCUGCUACAGCUUGGGCCCUGGGUCAGAUUGGAAGACAUACACCAGUCCACGCAGAGGAAGUGGCAGGCACUAAUGUGUUGAAGUCCUUGUUGGAUUGUUACCAAGACUCUUCUAGCUCAGAGGACCUACAAGCUAAGUCCAAGAAAGCUCUGACCAACAUCCUACAGAAGUGCGUGUCUUUGCCAGCGUUAGAACCUCUGCUGAAAGACGCACCGCCAAACAUCUUGAAACACAUUGUAAGUCAGUUUGCUAAAGUUCUCCCGCACGAUGUGAAGGCCCGUCGACUGUUUGUGACGAGUGGAAGUUUGAAAAAAAUCCAAGAGAUUAAUGCAGAAGGGAACACAGCACUCAGUGAACACAUAAACACCAUCAACAACUGUUACCCUGAAGAAAUCGUCAAGUUCUACUCCCCUGGUUACUCGGACACACUGCUUGAAAGAAUAGGCUAAUGUUAACGUUAAUAACUAUUUUCUUUUUCGAAAAUGAUUUCAUCUCCUUGGACCCAAGAGCACAAGAUAUUUUCUUUUAUAAUUUGUUCCCUUAGACCAGAAAAUCUUACUAAUAUUUCCAAGUUUUCUGUAAGGUCUGUGGACUUUGAUUUCGAAAAAGAGGCUAUUUUUUGGUGAGGAAAACCUUGAACUGUUAUAGGGAUUCAAGCCAGUUAAGAAUGAAAAAAUUAAAAGUUAGAUUACCUUCAGCAGCGUGUACUAACACUUUCAAGUAGCACUAUUGAAGCAUGUAAAUAUCUCAAAAACUAGGUUUCCAUUUCCUGUAACGUAAUGGAAAGUAAAGUUUUAUUGUAUAUUGGACUUUGUGACUCAAAUACGUCAUUCAAUCAAUCAAUCAAUCAAGCUUUAUUAACGGUAUCACUUCAAUAAAAAUUAAAACAUGCUCUUCCA